AGAAAUAUUAGGAAGUGUUUCGCUCUUUGGGUUGAAUGGUACCUGCUUUGGGAAGAUUACCGGUAAAUGUCAUUCCAUCUCUCCUUACAAACUUUCUCCGCUCACAAACACUCAAAAGAAUAGCGUCUGUCGGCCCAGAACUGUGUGGAGCUGAUCUGGUUGAUGUGAUGUGCAGUCCAGGAUCGGAGGGGCCUGGAGAGGAUGCCUCUGUAGAGUUUGUGUACUGCAGCGGAGCAAUCACAGAGCUGCUUAAAUAUGGACCAACAGACCUGCAUGCUGCCAGCAGAAGCCCCAAUCCUCCCAAAAUGCUCAUCCUUGUCAUUCCAGGUAACCCAGGUGUGGUGGGCUUCUACAAGACAUACAUGUGGACGCUGUAUCAGACAUUCAUCCGUAGAUAUCCAGUGUGGGCUGUGAGCCAUGCUGGACACUGUAUGCCUCCGGACACCUAUGAUAUGAUUGAAGAUGCAUCUGUGACUGAGGAGGAGGAUGUUUUUGGGCUAAACGGGCAGAUUGAACACAAGCUGGCCUUCCUUCGGAAGCAUGUGCCUCGGGACACGAACCUGCUGCUGAUUGGUCACUCCAUCGGUUGCUACAUCAUUUUGGAGAUGCUGAAGAGAGACCCAGAGCUAAAGGUUGUGAAGGCGGUGAUGCUCUUCCCCACGAUUGAGCGCAUGGCCUGUAGCCCUCAAGGCAAGGUCAUGACCCCUGUGCUCUGCCGGCUGCGGUACGUCUUCUAUUUGCCCAUCUUCCUGCUCUCCCUCCUUCCAGAGAGGCUGAAGGUCAGCAUAGUGCAUCUGGCUCUGAGGAACAUUUAUGCAGUGGAUACCUCCAUCAUCCCAGCCACUGUCAGCCUGAUCAAUGUAGACUGUGCAGCCAACGGUAUGUACAUGGGAAGCCAAGAAAUGAGACUGGUUGUAGAAAGAGACAAUGCAACUGUACGUCAACACCUCAGCAAGCUUAUUUUUUACUACGGAGCCACGGAUCACUGGUGCCCUGUGCAGUAUUACCAUGAUAUCAGAAAAGACUUCCCUGAAGGGGACAUUCGUCUGUGUGAAAGGGGCAUCCGGCAUGCAUUUGUCCUGGAUGCAGGGGAGGAAAUGGCUAACAUGACGGCAGAGUGGAUCUUUGAUAAUUGAAGACGCUCUGACUGCAAGAUUAACAUUUUAUUCCUCUUUAACCUCUACCACCCAAGUAUUCAAACUGAGCCCCCUGUGUGAGUUUUUUUAAUGCAACCAAUAUUUUAAGAUGUAUUACCUAUUUCCAUGGCAAAGCAUCAUGCUUGUAACAAAACACUUUAAAAAGGUGCUGUAUGACUGAUGUAUUGAUGGCAUUUUAUUGUUCAAAUAUUCAUGAUUGUAAAAUAUCUG